GGAUUGGAUACACCACCCACACCAAUCGCUGCCGCUGCCAAAUGCCAUUCGUUCAUGGGGGGCUGAAGGAUAAGACAUGCAGACGGGGCUGCAUACGCGAUACAUGUGCGUUCUCGCUCUGCUUUUGCAUUUUGCAUGUGCUCCCAUCGACGAUUCGCAUCUCCCUAUCUCUUGGACCGGAUGCCUGGGAGAAGCGGGGAAAGCAAGACAGUGAGGCGAGGCGAUAUCAAGUACUCUUCUCCAAGACUUAUUGAGAAAAGGCUGCAAGACACGGGUUGCUCAGUAGCGCAUUGGUAUUGCUCAACAUCAUGGUGAGGGAAGGGACCGUCACAAGGCUG